GAGGGGUGAAGAGAGGUAUCUUCUUUGUUCUGGAGCCUGCCCUGGAAUUAAGCUCCUGCUAUUCAGAAGAGGGAGAAGUGCUGAGUGAAGCUGAGGAGCAGCAGCAGAGCCAGCCCCUGGUGACGAGCGGUUAUCUCUGGCUCCCCAGCCAUGCCCUGGCAGCUCUCUGCAGUGGUGGUGCUCUUCGUGUCCCUGGCUGUGAUUUUACAUUAUGGCAGUCAAAUAACAGCACAAGUGUUUCCAGAAACCGGGGACUAUCUGCCUAAAACAGCAGCAACAGCAGAGGCCACAGCAAAGCCUUUCCUGAAACUAAUUCACCACAUCCCUCGCCAAACUUCAGCAGCCAGAUCAAUGGACGGUCACACCCGCUCUCAGAGAGCUGCCCCACCCUCCAGCUCUGAACUCCCAACCACAAACACAACAAUAAAAACUCUAGUAACAACGUCCUUGUUAACUACAAACAGCACCCCAGCUACCAGCCCGACAACCCACACCCUAGUCACAACCUUGGCCACAUCCAAUAACUCACACACAGCGGCUUCUCUCACUGAAGCUACAAUUGGUCCCAGUGCAGCCCCAGGUUCACCGCCAACUACCUUCCCUCCAUUGGCCCAUACGACAGGAACAAGCCCAUUGACUGUCAGCCACACAACUAGGAAAGCCACCCAACCCAGGAACCAGACCGCCCUUCCAGCAACCUUGUCCACCCCACCGCUUAACAGCACAACCAGUCACCAGUCUGCCCAACCCAGUCAUGCCCCAGGCCCAACCACAGCUGCACACAAUACCACCCACACGGCCUCACCUGCCACCACGACUUCCGGGCCCACUCUUGCACCUCGGCCUUCUUCAGCCAAGACUGGAAUGUACCAAGUUCUGAAUGGAAGCAGGCUCUGUAUCAAAGCCGAGAUGGGGAUAGAGCUAACAGUUCAAGACACAGAGUCGGUUUUUUCACCUCAGAGAUACUUCAACAUUGACCCCAAUGCAACCCAAGCCUCUGGGAACUGUGGCUCCCGAAAAUCCAACCUUCUCUUGAAUUUCCAGAGCGGAUUUGUGAAUUUCACAUUUACAAAGGAUGAAAACUCGUAUUACAUCAGUGAAGUGAGAGCCUAUUUGACAGUCGCAAACCCAGAGAAAAUUUACCAAGGAAUGAAAAGUUCUGUGGUGAUGUUUGAGACUGUGGUUGGGCAUUCCUUCAAAUGUGUGAGUGAACAGAGCAUCCAGUUGUCAACUCACCUUCAACUGAAAACAAUGAAUGUCCAAUAUCAAGCCUUUGAUUUCGAAGAUGACCACUUUGGAAAUGUGGAUGAGUGUUCGUCUGACUACACAAUUGUGCUUCCUGUGAUUGGGGCCAUUGUACUUGGUCUCUGCGCUGUGGGUUUGAUUGUCUAUGGAAUCCGCCUAAGACGCGAAUCAUCUGGAUACCAGAGAAUCUAAUUGGUGCCCAGGGGAAGAGAAUGUAAUGGCAUUUAGAGAAUUCUUUCAUCGGUUCCAGGAUAUUGGGGAUAUUUCCAGGAUAUUUCCUUAGAAUUAGUGCUUCCAACAAUGUAAACCACCAUCUUUCACAAACCCCAAGUCAUUUCUGAUUGAAGUCCAAGCAGCAAAUCGUUUCUGCAGAGUGUUUGUUCAUUUUAUGAAUGAUCUAGUGAGUUGUUUCAGAGUAUUUUCCAACUUCCUGCAGAAUAUUUUAACCAUUCCUAAGUCAACAUUUGAGAUAUGUUAAAUUAACAUAAUGUAUGCAAAGUGGUAUAUGCUUCCAAAUUAUAAACUAAAAUGUCAAUUGUAAUUAAAGCUACCUGUGCACAUUGGGGAUUUUAUUUUAUCCUUCAUCUUUCCCAUUAAAAAAAAAAUGCCUCUACUUUACCUAUGAAAUGGA